CGUCAUCGACUGGCGCUCAGUCGUUUGAUUGGAUGAGAACUUCUGGGUCAUACGUUAACUUCCGUGUCACGGAGAGAACAUGGCGGACAAAGAGAAGAAGAAGAAGGAAAGCAUCUUUGACUUGUCAAAGUACAUCGACAAGCCGAUUCGUGUUAAGUUCCAAGGAGGAAGAGAGGCUAGUGGUGUCCUGAAAGGAUUCGAUCCUCUUUUAAACCUCGUACUGGACGGAACAAUCGAGUACAUGCGUGAUCCAGAUGAUCAGCUGAAGCUGACAGAAGACACCAGGCAGCUGGGGCUGGUGGUCUGCAGAGGGACCUCUGUGGUCCUCAUCUGUCCUCAGGAUGGCAUGGAGGCCAUACCAAACCCAUUUAUACAACAACAAGAUGGCUAACACCUACACACAAACACACACACGUAGUCAAAUAUUUUUGAGCAUUUGUUUUAUUUUUUACUUUUAAUCGUCAAAUAAUGAAUGCACAGAGAGAGCAAUUUUUUUUUUUGGUUGUGAAAAGUGAGUUGAUCAACAGAGGACACUUGACGACAUGACCAAUUCACUCAAGAUUUGAGUUGUAAAAAAAAAAGACCAUGUUUGGGAAAUGUUAAAAAUACUGUUUUUUUUUGUUUUUUUUAAUCUGGGAUAAGUUAACUUUUUACUCGUCGUUUUUGAUAAGAAAAUAAUACAAAAAAAUCCUGGGUCUUGUAAGUUUUGUUACCUUGUUCUUGUGAAAAUAAAAACUAAAAUUGC